AUGAUCAUCUUGCUGACCAUCACCGUGAGCAAGGUCAGAGCGGUUGCUACAGGUGAAAAUCCGCGUAUCAUCGUGGUCGGCGCUGGUGCCGCUGGAAUUGCUGCUGCCAGUCGGCUUUAUCAGAAUGGAUUAAAAAAUAUUGCCAUUUUGGAGGCAUCGCCACGCCUUGGUGGCCGUAUCCGCACGACACCGUUUGGAAGUGGCAGUGGCAUUGUGGAGCUCGGAGCUCAAUGGUGUCACGGAGAGCAGGGCAACGUAGUCUAUCAGUUGGCAAAGGUCUAUCCGGGUCUCCUGAAGUCCUCCAUUAUAGCCGAUGAAGAUGCCGUGCUGAUCCGCUCGAGUGGGGUACGAGUUCCUGAGGAAGUAGCGGAAAGAUUACAAACAAUGGCAGAGGAAAUAAUCGAAUCGGAAGAACGGGAUAAUUUCAGCGGUAGUUUGGGUGAAUUCUUCACCCAACAGUACUGGCAGCGGCUCCAGACGGAUCCAGCGUUUAGCGAUAUUAAUCGCGAGCUGGCGGAACAAUUCCUCGUCUACUAUCAUAACUACGAACGCGGCUACACUGCGUACGAUUCAUGGUACGAGGUCGCUGCUAGCGAAACGGAUGGCUACGUGGAACCGGCAGGAAAUCAAGACAUCGCUUGGAACGGAACGAAAGGAUUCUCCACCAUUUUUGAUAUCGUUUCUGGUAACUUCCCACACUCAGUCACUACAACACGCACCCCAGUCCCGUUGGACAAACUGAUUACAUACGGUAAAUUUGUUUCAAACAUUCAGUGGAAUGGAACGCCAAAUGAAAAUGUUUUGAUUACUUCUGAGGAUGGGUCUCGAUAUGAGGCGGACCAUGUCAUAGUGACCGUUUCGCUGGGUGUCCUCAAAGAGAACUACCGCACCAUGUUCACUCCAGCGCUUCCAACAAUCAAUCAAAAUGCCAUUACGGGACUUUACUUUGGAACAGUGAACAAAAUUUUCGUCCUGUUCGACGCUCCCAUCCCGGACGACUUUCCCAAUACCGUGCACCUGCUCUGGUUUGACUCGGACCUGCAGGCUCUGCGACUUUCGGAGCAUGCCUGGGCCGAAGCAAUUUCCACCUUUUUCCGUAUUGACAACCAACCGAAUGUGCUGAUGGCUUGGAUGAAUGGAGCCGAGGGACGAACGGCUGAACUACUAUCAGAUGAAACUGUUAGGGCUGGCGUGCUUCAUCUACUUAAAAUUUUCACCAAGGACAUUACCUUCGGUAACGUAAACAAAGUACUGAGGAAAUGGUCAUCCGAACGCCUGUUCCGUGGAUCAUACUCGAGCAGAUCGAUAACAACGGAGCAAUUGAACACGGGGGCGCAAAACCUGGCCACUCCUCUGGUGAACGCUGGGAACGAACCGGUAGUCCUUUUUGCUGGUGAAGCAACCAAUCGUGUGCAUUAUUCCACCGUCCAUGGCGCUAUUGAUAGUGGAUUCCGUGAGGCUGAUCGUUUACUGCAACAUUACAGCUAA